GUGGAGGACGAGAGAGAUCCUCUGGACCGAGCUCCGCGUCUUCCGCCGCUCUUCUCGAAUCCGGAGAUCCCGCUGCAGCACUCGAAGUCUGAGCCAACGCUGCAGCUGACUGGCGUCGUAGCUGAGAGCGAAGCGAACCCGAUCCUGCAAGAAGAGGAGCAGGAGGAGGAAAAGGAGGUCAAGGCCACGGAUGCCGAGCCUCCCACUGCCACGGCCCUGGAGAUCAUUCAGGCAGCCGAGCCUGAAACGCAGGUCUUGGAGUUGGGUCAGGCGCUCAGUGCCCUGGACACCUACGUCAAGGGGCGGAACUCGGAGCUUCGAGCGGGCAAGAAGCUGCAAGGAGACGCCGAGGCAGCUUUCAGAGUUGGCUGGUGGACCGUCUUCCUCUCCCUCCCCAUCAGCAUCUGGCCAAUCGCACUGAAGCUGCAGGAGGUCGGUAGCUUGCAGCGCGUCUUCCUCGAUUUCUGGGGUUCGAUGCUCCUACAAUUCCUUUUCUGCGUGGGUUCAACCCUGGGCGUCUCGGUGAGGUACACAUUGGAAGGAUGGCUGGGUACAGCCCUGGCCACCCUGAACAUGCUGCUGCUGAACAACGUGGGGAACUGGAUGGCAGGUGGCUCGUAUGCCAGCCGCCUCGAGUUCAACAGCACCGCCACGAAUGACACUCUGGUCACUUCGAGGUGGCUACCGCUCUGCAACACCAAUGCAGACCUGAGCUAUCAUGGCUGUGUGUUGAAUUUGAAUACCGGCCUCAUGGAAGAGGCGGAGUACGGCAAGGCAGCGGUGGUACUGCUGGACACCAUCUUGUUUAUGGCCAUGAUGCUGUUCUUCGGCUUCAACACGAAUGUCCGGCUCUUCAGCAUCUCCACGCACAUCUACCUGGCCAUGUCCUUCCUCGAUCCGAGCACUGGGGCCUUCGACAUUCAGCCCUCCCUGGCCACGAACUAUUUCAUCAUCGUCUCCAUCUCCUCUUUGGCUGUUGUCCUCUGCUUCCUGCUGCCACGGCCACUCACAUCAACUGCCCAGGCUCGGAGCAUUCUACUGGAGACUGGGGCUGCCGUGGCCAUGAUCUUGGAGUCCCUGCCGCUGACCUCCUCCGAGCUCUGUCGCAGCAAGGCCCAGGCAGCCAUGGGGGAGAUGAGCCUUCUCAUCAAGGAUCUAGACUUCCACCUGGGUCACAUGUGGUUCGAGGACUUUAGCAUCCUCCGGAAGCGGGCGCGCUACCGGCGCUGGCUGCAAGCCUUCUCCGAGAUCUUGAAGACCUCCAUGCAGAACUUCGAUGCAGUCUUCUGCGCAGCUGCGGCCGUGCCAACGAAGGAAUCUGAGCAGAUGCUCACCCUGCUCCCAUCGCUUCGCCACCAGUGCUGCCUCGUCUCCAGCACUCUGACUGCCCUGUUGGCCGUGAAGACCCCGGACGAGGUGAAACCGGUGGUCGAUGUCCUGAUGGAGAAGCGGGAGGCCCUGCAGCAACAGCUGGCGGUGGAAUUCUCGAAGGGCCAGCAGUCCGAUCAGACCCAGGCGAAGAGGAAUUUCACUUUCCUCUUUCGAAUUAAGACAAGGCUGUUUUCCAGCUUUAGCAAACUUCCAGAAAACGGGCUGGCGAUCUCUCUUGCUGGAUACGUCGUCACAUUCUUCACGCCCAGAUUUCUCGACAGCCGAAUCCCUUUGCCAUUCACCUCCAGGAACAACAAUCUCCAAUUCCCAGUCAACCUCAAUCCGAAGGUGGAACUCGGCGAAGUCCUUCGAAACCUCCCUUGA